GGCCCUGCCGGGCGGCGCAGAGCCUGCGCACUGCGCUCCGGCUGCCCCCUCCUGCCCGGCCGGCAGAGCCGCGCGUCCCGGCGCUGAAGAUGGCGGAGGGCGGCGGCGGCGGAGCGGCGCCCCACUCCUGCUCUUCCUCCUCCUCAUCCUCCUCCUUGAAGGGGCUGCGGGAGCAGAUGGUUGCUGCAGCCCAAGCCAUAGCAGAAGAAAGAAGAAGCCAAAGUGGUGUUAGCCCUAUUGCAGUCCAGACCUCAAUAAACAUAAAGGCAGCAACUAAACCAGUGAUAGACGGUUCCACUCUAAGAACAGAAGAAAGGCAAAGGCUAGCCAGGGAGCGUAGAGAAGAGCGGGAAAAGCAACAUGCUGCCAAAGAGACACAAAUCCUUGAAAAGGAGAGAAAAGCAAAACUUCAGUAUGAAAAACAGUUAGAAGAAAGGCAGAGAAAGCUAAAAGAACAAAAGCAGAAAGAGGAACAACGGAGGGCAGCAGUAGAGGAAAAAAGAAAACAGAAAAUAGAAGAGGAAAAGGAGCGAUAUGAAGCAGCUAUGCAUCGUACCUUGGAACGGAGUCAGCGACUGGAAACACGACAAAAGAGAUGGUCCUGGGGAGGGUCUGUAACACCAGAUUCAGAGAGCAAAACAGAGCAACAGACCACAGAUGAAGUUGGAGCUGGUGCCAGCAAGCGGUCCACCUCCACUGCAAACCUCAAACAAACGGAAGCUGUCAUGAAUAAACGUUUAUCAUCGUCUGCAGCACUUUUAAAUGCUUCUGAUCGAAGUACCACAAAGCGAAGUGCCUCAUUAAACAGGCUGAAUAACAAAGUUCCUCUACAUUCUCAGCAGUCAGCACUCAAAGGUUCACAGGUGGAACAGAAAGGAGGAACAGAAAAGAAGAGGAGCACAUCUUUGAAUAGAAUGAGUAGUAAACCCCAUUCCUCUCCUGAACUAGAAAAAGUGAAAAAGGAAGAAAAAACAGCUCGCCGCUCCCAGGUCAGUCCUCUGGACAGUAGCGUUAUCAGUCGCCUCCUCGCCCCUACACAGGCAUCCUUAGCUAGGAGUAAAAGUGCUGCUACAUUAUCGGCUGAUGGACAAGAUCCCUCAGAAUCUCACCUCUGUCCUCGUUCAGCUUCAGCCAGUUCCAUCAGUUCCCCAGUCCCAACUCCUAAAGUGCCCGUGCGCAGUCGUAGCAUCGACAGAUUGAAGCCCUCUGUACCUUCAUCUGAUGCAAGUUCACCAGAUUCAACCCAGAAAUCAGAGAUGGAAAAACCAUCCCCAGGUUCUGGGUUAAGACGCCCUCCCUCACCAUCUGUGUCUGCCCGUAGAAGAUCCCCUUCUCCUGCUAAUUUGGUGAAGCGUCCUCCAUCACCUUCUACAGUUAGACAAAAGACUCGCCCACCUUCACCUAGUAUAUCAAAACAAAGGCCACCAUCUCCUACUCCAGUCUCUAAACCAGCACCCAUCCAACGUCCGCCUCUCACACCAGGUGUUAUAAACAUUACCAAAAAGAAAAGUGAAGCAGAGAGCAAACCAAAGGAAAAGAGCACAGAAGGAAUGGGACAAGAGCAAGGUGCUUCACCAGCCUUGGACAGGGAUGCAGUAGCAGCUAGCACAAAGACCAAAGAAGAAUCAGGUAGCAAAACAGUAGCAGGGACCACCACAGCUGAAGAAGCUGCUAAAAUCUUGGCAGAGAAACGACGUCUGGCACGAGAGCAAAGAGAGCGUGAAGACCAAGAAAGAAUUCAGAGAGAGGAAGAGGAAAGAAUCAGAGAAGAAGAAAUGGCCAAGAGAGCAGUUGAAGAAAAAGCACGACGGGAAGAGGAGCUCCGCAAACAGGAGGAAGAAAAGAGAGCGGCUUAUGAAGAACAGCAAAGACAAGCUGAAGAGGAAAGAAUCCGUCGAGAACAAGAAGAGCAGGAAAAACUUGCAGAGCUUCAACACCAGAGAGAAGAAGCUGAAGCAAAAGCUCAAGAAGAGGCUGAAAGACAGCGGCUGGAAAGAGAGAGAAUUAUGCAGCAAAAUAUGCAGGAAAGGCUUGAAAGAAAAAAGAGAAUUGAAGAAAUAAUGAAAAGAACACGAAAAUCGGAUCAAAACGAAUCCAAGUUGCAGAGUGAAGGGAAGUCUGCCGCCGAGGUUAUCGAGGGAGAGGAUAUUGAAGAGGAGGAGGAGUUGGGACUUGAGAAGACCAGUCAAUCAGGAAAGCUAAAUGGCGUUGACUUACCCCAGGAAGUCAAGGGGGAGACAGAGGUUUGUUUACAGACUGCACAUAGCUUGAUCUCUACAGAAUUUGAGCAACAAGACGUGUCAGAGUUGAAGGCCAGUGAAGUAUUUAUGAAUGGCAGCGAUUUGAAAAGCGAUGACGGGUCUCUACUUUUCACUGAAUUAAAGGAUUCCAGCCAUCCUGCAAAAGAAAUGGUUAUUGAUGACUCAGUGAAGUUGGGUGUUAAUGAAGCUGAUCAUACAAGUGGACUUACUCAGAAUCUUAAUGGAAAAUCUGAUUCAUGGACUUUUGAGGAGUUUAUUGACGUUGGAGUACAUUCCAGGUCAACAAAACUGAGUUCAGACAGCCUCUCUGCUGGUAACUGUAAUCAAAACUUGAAUGAUGCUGCUACAAUACCUUCUAGUCCCAAAUUGGCUUAUGAGGAAGAUGGUGCAGUGAAUUCUUUGACCAAACCUAUAGAUUCUUCAUCAGGUAAUCCAAGCUGAUUUCCCUAUCUAUCCCCUCCUCUGGCUGGAUAAUUAACUUUGUUGCAUUUUUAUUCUCCUUGCCUUAACUUCAGCUUCCUAUUUUCAAGGCACUUUUUCCAAUGUGUAGACUGGAGGGAAAGCUCCUUCUUUAGUGCUUGUAACUUGAAUUCUGUCAAAAGGAGUCACCAACUGAUGCCUUUUUAGGGAUUUGCUCUAUACAGCAGCUAAGGCCUGACAUUAAGGGUCUUCCAAAGACAAAGCUGAGCCCCUGUGAAGCUCCAGUUUCUCCUACCAGCGCUCAAGCCCAUCUGUUGUAUUUUAGGCUUCUUCUAAAAUGUCUUAAAUGGCACAUGUUACUUUUGAAGAUACUAACAGUUUAAAAGGUGUCUGAUGUAACUCUACAGACAGGACCUGGCUGCUUUCCCCUUUCCACUCCUAGGCAUGUUCUGUAACUUUUUGAUGCUGAUCUGCACGGUCUUAAAAGGUCUUCCAGGCUCUGGCAAGAUACUAGCUGUCCUCUAUACUUACCAUAGAAUAGUCUCUCACGUCACUGAUGGGUGUAACCCCAACCUUGAAUUCCACAAACGGUUGUAUUGCAUUUUGGGAGGAGUAGUAAAGCUACACACACAAUACUCAGAAUUUUCUGAAAGAAACAGGGUUGCAUCUGAAGCCAGACGUACUCGCCAACCCAGGCCCUGAUGCAGUACAGCACAGUGUGUCAGAGAGGCUUCAGCAUGCUAGUUUUCAUGAGACUAAACUGCUCUGUUGUUGUAGCUAAACCCCAAAUGAGCGUACUCACAGCAGGAGAUCUCUGUCCACGAGAUAAAUGACUGCAUGAAGAGUUGAAAUAAAUGACAGUGGGGAAAAAACAAGACUUGCUAUCCACAUUUUCUUUAAGUGAUGUGUAGCACCUUUCUUGAUUAAAGUGUAGCACUUUUCUAGACUGAACUGUUUCCUGAGUCUCCUCUGUCACUCUGCGUCUUGUGAGUUUUGGUCUUAUGGACAUAGUUAUAUUGAGACUUUCCUCCAGGCCACUACUGUGUAGGCUGUGGGAAUAAAAUGAUUUAAUGUGAUAUUGCUGAUCACAUUUUUUUCUGAUCAUUCACUCCUUAGUGAGGAAAGAGUUGCCUUUUAAUUUUGAAUGUUAAAUGUGUUUUGAGACAAUCUGGUUUAAGAACUGUGUAUGCAACUUUGGAAACAAGUGCUCAUAUUUAAAAAAAAAAAAAAAAAAAAAAAACAAGCUACUAUGCUGAUUUUGGACUGUGAGUUACUAAGUGGGUCUGUGUUCACCCCCCCUCCCACAUGUAGACUGACAGUGAUGAUAGAUGUAUGUAGAAUACAUGCAGUAUGAUGGUUAAACAUUUUCUUUUCUUUGCUCUCUGGACAGAACUGUGAACACUAGAGACCUGGAAAUAAUCUGAUUGCACUGCAGUAAUCCAGUGUUUUAUCAAGUACCGAAGGCCUUGCUUUGAAAAGCUGCUUGUUUACCUUUAUCCAUCUUCAAGUUUGAAAAAAAAAAAAAAAAAAAAAGCCAUCAGGGGAGGGAUGACAAACUUCUAGAUUUGCACCUUGAAACAUUUCAGGGAGACUAUUGUGCUGAUGUUCCUUUUCCAUUUGUUUAGUUAAUUGUUGGAUAGAAUUUCCUUGUCUAAAUAUCACUUACUUCCCUCUUACAGACUUUACGCUAACCUGUUUAAGUCUUUUUUGUUUUCAUACCAGUAAUGUACAGCAGUGUGCCACUGCAGACUUCCCAGUUUGCUACUGGUCAGAUUUUAGAUAUUCCUAAAAUGGCACUUGAUGAAAUAAGACUUUUUCAGUGUCUGUUAAAGCUCAAGUCCACUUGUAAUGUUCUAAAAAAAAGCUGUACGCUUUCAUUCACAUGCUAUUUAAAAAAUGAAAAAUUGAGUAUCUUCAGUUUUGAAUUGAGAAGGAAAAAUUCGUAUUUUCCAGCAUCAAAUUCCAGAAUAUUUCAAAAAUGUUGAAAUUUCAAAAGUUUCAAAAUGCAGUGUUGUGUAAUCACUAAUAUGUUUUAAUCUAUUGGAAAACAUCAAAACAUUUUACAGGAUAUGCACUAAUAUUACAAAAAAUGUUGAAUACCUAGAUUUGUUUGUCAUAGCGCAGUUUAACAUGUCAUGCUUUUAAAAAUGUUUUCCUUUUGAUUUAUUUAUCUACACUCAUGUAAGUAUUAUUUUAUUGUGUACAUAACAGUAUUAGACCAUUGAAGUCAUGUUUUGUUAAUGUUAAUUAUUCUAAGUGUUCCUGUUCUAGCUCUAUAACAUUGACUGCAAGCUGCAUAUAUAUAUUUCCCUUUCCCUAAAGCCUGUAUUAAGUAAUCUAUUUAACCUAAACUUGCCUGCUUUUUACAGCAUGAAGAGAUUAACUAAGCAUCUUCUGAAAACUGCUACUAAAAGUAAUAAUGCAGUCUUGUUCUUAUGUCUCCUGUAAUAGAUAUACUAAAUAAGUGAUUAAUUUGAAGAAUAGCUGUCUCAAAUCCUGCUAUAAACCAUUGGCUGAUAGUUCAAUUUAAAUGAAUCAUCCAAAUGGCAGCUGUAUUUUCAGUGGUUAAAUGCAAAUGUUUUUGCUGGAACUGCAUUCUUUCCUCAACAUCUGCAAUUACAAUAGGAAACCCUCAACCUUCUUAGUCUCACUAUUUGCUAUUCAGAAUAUGUUAGAACUGUUUUAGACUUUAGAGCAGUGCCUUAGGUAAAAAGAAAAAUGUAUUUUUGUAUGAUAGUUAUUUCAGGCAGAGACAAUCACUCUAACAAAGAUGCUGAUAUUUUUUCUGUGCUGAUAUUAUUUGUCGAAUGGUCUGUUACAGCUCUAUGUAAAUAUGUGCGCACUGUUAAAUAAACUUUGCAGUUGAACAA